AAAGGUGGUCAAGAAAAGUGUCUGACAUUUGAUCAUUGUAUAUUCUGUCUCAUAUACGUAUUAUAUAUCUCUCUCUAUACGUAUAUAAUACGUAUUAUAUCUAUAUCUAUAGUCUCUCUAUAUAUUGGCUAGAGUGUGUUUCCUGGGGACCUAUUAGAACCCAGAUUCUUCUUUUCGUAACAAACAUUAAGAGAUGGAGACAAAUAUGUGAAGUCUAGAGUGAGAAAUAGAGGAAGAAACAAAAGAAAUGGAGAGAGAGAGUGACGUUAAGGUAUCAAAAUUCAAGCGGAUUUGUGUGUUUUGUGGGAGUAGCCAAGGCAAGAAGAGUAGUUACCAAGAAGCUGCUAUUGAGCUUGGCAAAGAAUUGGUUUCUAGGAACAUUGAUUUGGUCUAUGGAGGAGGUAGCAUAGGGCUUAUGGGUUUAGUUUCUCAAGCGGUUCAUGAUGGUGGUCGGCAUGUUAUUGGGGUUAUUCCCAAGACACUCAUGCCUCGAGAGUUAACUGGUGUAACUGUAGGAGAAGUGAAGGCAGUUGCAGAUAUGCACCAAAGGAAAGCUGAAAUGGCUAGGCAUUCUGAUGCUUUUAUUGCCUUACCAGGUGGUUAUGGAACUCUAGAGGAAUUACUUGAAGUGAUAACCUGGGCUCAACUUGGUAUUCAUGAUAAGCCGGUAGGCUUGCUGAAUGUGGAUGGAUACUAUAAUUCAUUACUGUCGUUCAUUGACAAAGCUGUUGAGGAAGGCUUCAUUAGUCCAAAUGCUCGACACAUAAUUGUAUCUGCACCAACAGCAAAGGAGUUGGUCAAGAAAUUGGAGGAGUACGUUCCUAGCCACGAAAGAGUUGCAACAAAACAGAACUGGGAGACGGAGCAGCUUGGCUACCCCCAAAAGUUUGAUAUAACCAUGUGAAAAUGGAUUUUGCACCACUGAAGAGAUCAUUAAACUAUAAGGAAAUAUGGCAUUGGAAGAAGCUAACUUUGAACUUCUAAAUUUUUGGUGUGGGGAAGUCUUUUUGUAAAUUUCUCUGGGAAUUACCUCACUAUGUGAUAGCUACUUAUUUUCCUUCACGUAAAAAAAUUGUUUCUUCUGUAAGUUGUAACUACUAAAUGGAUUAUGUAAUUCUCCAACUAAUGGCAACUUACUGUUUUGUCA